GAUUACAAUUAGAUAAUGAAAAGAAAUGUAAUUAGAAAGAAUCAAUGAAAACUCAAUGAAAAAAGUGAGACUUGAAAUAAACUGAAACUUUAAGAAAGCGCCUCAAGCCAAUUUAGUCAUUCGGUUGAUUGGAUGACUCAUUUGUAUUAAUAGUUUCUGAUUUUUAUCAUUUUAAUAAAACGAUUAUCAAUUUUUACAAAAAAACUGUUAUCGAUUUUUGAUUGAAAGAGAAAAAGAAAGAAAUCGAAAAAUCGAUUAUUCGUUUCAGUCACUUGAAUCGAUGAUAAUCGAUCGUUUUGAUGGAUCGCCACUUUGUUUUUCUUUGAGAAAGUUUCAUUUUUUUAUGUCAAUUUUUUUACUUUGUUGUUCUGACAAUACAAUUAAUUGUUCAUCAGUAUGACUUCAUUGGAAUUAAAUAGAUCUGAGCGUAUUAGAGCUGCUCUAUUCGAUGAUUUAUCAAGUGACAUUUUAUAUACAACAUCGAUCGACAAUAAAUCAGAAACAUGUGUCCUUAGACUCUCUGAACCUGCACAAAUGAUUAAAUUGGCGAUUGAAGCUUUGAUUAAUUACCAGAAUGACGCUGAUUUGGCAACAAGUGCUGUUCCUGAGCUGUUGAAGCUAUUAAAUGAUGAAGAUGAAGUGGUGGUUAACAAAGCGACAUUAAUGGUUCACCAUCUUUCGAAAAGUCGCUUCCGACACGCACUCAUCAAUUCUCCUCAAAUGGUGUCCGCUCUUCUUAGGGCGAUGUCAAAUGCCGAAGCUGAAACAACCACUUGUGCUGCGAGUAUUUUACAUAAUUUAUCUCAACAUCAACAAGGUCUUCUAGCGAUUUUCAAGUCCGAUGGAAUCUCUGCCUUAAUUAAGCUUCUCACCUCUCCAAUCAAUCGAGUUGUUUACUAUUCCUUGACAACGAUCUACAACCUGUUGCUUCAUCAAGAAGGAUCAAAAAUGGCCGUUCGACUCGCCGGAGGGAUCCAAAAGAUGGUCACAUUGUUGAAUCAUCCCAAUCCUAAAUUCCUCGCUCUUUUGACCGAAUGUUUAACUUUACUUGCUUAUGGAAAUCAAGAGUCUAAGUUGAUUAUUCUCGCCUCAGGUGGUGUUCCAGAGAUUGUGAACAUUAUGCUUAUUCAUAACUAUGAGAAAUUACUCUGGACAACAUCUCGACUGCUCAAAGUUUUGUCCGUUUGUCAAAGUAACAAACUCGCGAUCAUCCAAGCCGGAGGAAUCUACGCUUUGGAUAUGCACUUGGAACAACCCGGAAGAUUACAAUUAAGUUGCCUUUGGGCUUUGAGGAAUUUAUCUGAUUCUGCCACCGAUAUUCUCAACAUUGAUCAUCUUCUCCAAGUUCUACUCAAUUUACUCAAAAGCGAAGAUCUUAACGUGGUUGUUUGUUCGGUCGCUAUUCUGUCCAAUUUGACCUGCAACAAUACCCAAAACAAACUAUUCUUAUGUCAACUAGAUGCAAUUGAAAAGAUUGUUACAACCAUCAAACAAGCUGGAGAUAGACAAGAGAUCGUUGAACCAGCAAUUUGUGUUCUCAAACACCUGACACAUCAGCAUGAGGAAGCAGAAAUAGCCCAGAAUGAUGUCCGUCUUCAUGAUGGUUUGAAUUAUAUUGUAAAUUUCUUGAAUCUGCCGAUCAGUUGGUCACUAAUCAAAGGAAUUGUGGGAUUAAUUCACAAUCUGGCUCAAUGUCCAGCCAACCAAGCGCCAUUACGAGAAGCUGGAGUUAUUCCCAAGUUGAAUCAAAUUUUAUCCAAAGCUCAACAAGAGAGAAACUCAUCUUCAGGAUACAUGGAUGGUGUUAAAAUCGCCGAUAUCAUCGAGGGAACGAUGUAUUCAUUCAAGAUGUUAGCUCGAGAUGUUCAUAAUCGAUCCAUUAUCACAGAAAUGAACUUAAUCUCAACAUUCGUGCAACUUUUAUAUUGUGACGAUGAGAACGUUCAACAAUCUGCUGUUGGUGUUCUCAGUGAACUGUCCCUCGAAAAGAAAGCCGUUGACAUUAUUGAAUCUGAAGGAGCUACUGCAGCUCUUACUGAACUUCUCCAUUCUAGAAAUGAAGUGACAGCCACUUUCGCCGCCGCUGUUUUGUAUCGAAUGUCCGAAGACAAACCUCAGGAUUACAAGAAGCGUCUAUCAUUGGAACUGACAGCAACCCUUUUCCGUGACGAACCCAAUGAUUGGACUUCAGCCGGUGAAGUGGAAAACGAGGUCUUACCACAAGCUGAAUCUCACUACGGAUCACUCGCCUCUCCCCUCAAUCCUUAUCCACAAUCAAUUUACGUCCAAACCACAUCAGAUAUGGAUGUUAACAAUCCCUAUUCAUCACCAUAUUACAACGAACAGGACCAAGUCGCCAAUAAUGACCAAUACUCCGCUUGGUACGACACUGACCUUUAACUUAUCAACAAUCAAAUCAAAAACCGUUUCCAGUGACUUAUCACCAAUAUUUCAGUGGCCUUAUCAAUUUAAUCUUAUUACUCUUAUACAAAUCUGACACUUUAAAUAAUAAUUUACAUUUUAAUUUCUUACUAUUAAUAUUUACCUAAUAGAACAUAUUUAAUAAAUUAUGCUGAUUUAAUAACAAUCGCAAGUAAAAACAAUAACAUUGAUUAUCUUCCGUUAGAAUUUGAAUGAAAAGAAAAUUAAAAAUAAAUAGUUACCACUUAACAACAUUAGAUGAGAAAAACAAUUUUAAUUGCAACAAAUUGUUUCCCUUUAAAUUGUUACCAUCAAAAGUUAAUUGGAAACGAUUAUUUUUUAAAAACGAUUGUAAACUUUAAUUACUAAACUGAAUUUACAACAACAAUCCUUGUAAUUUAAUGACUGGGAAAGAAUUUGAUUAACUAAUUAAAAAAUCAUUUCUACCAAUU